AUGUUGGAACCGCAUUCCCUUCGCCGGACAGCCCUUAUUUUGGUCUUCGCAGGUCUGCUGUGGAACCUGGUAGAGGCCGGGGUUUCUUUGUGGGCAGGUGUUGAGUCUGGCAGUGUUGCCUUGCUGGCUUUUGGCCUGGACAGCGUUGUCGAACUUCUAGCUGGCGGGGUCCUGGUGUGGCGGUUGAGCGGCGGACGGGACGAAUUGGAGGAGGGGGCCGCGGAGAGACGGGCACAAAAGUUGCUGGGACUCAGUUUCCUUUUGUUGGCGGUAUACAUUGCCCUUCAUUCAGGCGCCAACCUGCUGGGAUGGUUCCCCGAGCCACAGCCGAGCCUGAUCGGUGUUGGAAUUGUGGUCGCAAGCGCGGUGGUGAUGAGUGUCCUCUAUGUGAGCAAGAUGCGCAUCGCCACCCGGAUGCAGUCCAGAUCGUUGAGAGCGGAGGCUCUUGAAAGCCUGUUCUGCGACCUCCAGGACCUCACCGUUCUGGUGGGAUUGGGGUUAAACACCCUGCUUUCCUGGUGGUGGGCUGACCCUGUGUCAGCCCUGGUACUGGUUCCUCUCUUCGUCAAGGAGGGCUUGGAGAAUCUGUCAGGUGAUGAGGAAGGGCACGAAGAUCCGGAACGGCGUGUCUGCUUUUGCCACAGUUGUUGUUACGGUUUGCUUACCUGUCGGGCAGCUUGCUGCGUGGCAUAG